AUCAUGGUUACAUUCAAUUUAUCCAACCAAAACUAGUAAAAGUGCAAGUCAGCGAUUUGAUAUAUAUUAACUUGCGUCAGCGAGAUUUUAUCGACCGUACAAAGUGUUGUUAAUUUUUUCAAUGUUUUCAAAGUGAUCUACUACCUGAUAAACAAUCCAAAGUAUGCUAGGAUGUGAAUAUUCAAAUGAAAUUGACUUGUAAUUAUUCAAGUGAGAAUGGAUCAUGCUUAGUUGUUGAAAAAUAGAAACGGCAGUGGUUAAAAUUUGAAAAGAAAAAACUGACGCAGUGGGGGAAAACGCGCUAUAAAAGGCUUCUUUCGCAAACCAAAAAUUAAAAACUUGCAUUUCGCGAUGGAUGUAUGCUUACUUAUAGUAGUAGGGACUUUUGUUGCGGGAGGCGUGGCAGCUGUGCCCAACUUCGGCCAAGGGAACGGUGUGCAGUCGCAUGAUGGACAGAUAAUUCCGAGAUGUGUUGUUGGUGAAACUUGCACAAUUGACCGAAACUGCCGGGCACCAGAUGGGACAAGUUAUUGUGUAAAGGACACUUGGAUAAAAGAGUGCCUUGUGGGACAGUCAUUGUGCAAACUAUAUAACGGUACCACCGGAUGUUCAUUAUGUUGUGACGGUGUUCCAGAAUGUGCUGAUCUGUCAGACGAAGAACCUUGCAAUAAAUACAAGUGUAAGGCGGCAUGGCGAAUGAUAUUUGAACAUGACUCUAAAGGAAAUGUUAUUGCUGGGAGAAAGUCAGACUUAAAGAACGCUAUUAGAAGGGGUGCUGAAAUUAAAACUUUAACUUCAAAUGACGAAUAUUCUCAUGUCGCAGACACUAUUUUAAUAAUUGGCGAUGAGAUUUGCGGACAGAGAAUUUUCCACAUGUCCAGAGGUUCAGGGGCAACGUUUCAGGCAAAAGUAUAUUGGUGGUUUACGGUUGCUUGUACGACCGGAGAUUUGUCGAUGUCACGGUGGUAUGUUGGAGACCGCACAAAACCAGCUGACAGUCAAUCAAAUUCUGGGAUGAAAUGGUUUGCCAGGGAGGUGGAAGACAAAUAUAUGACUGCCGUCCCAGCGACCGGAUAUGGUAUCAGUGCAGUGAAUGCACAUAUUCUAGCUGUAAAACAAAGUGGUUAUGGUGUGACUGUUAAGCAAGAAUCCAUAUCUCUUAACAAGGAAGAAUACUACAGAGCAGAUAACCUUGAGGUUUCGUCAGAUGACAAAGAGAUCGUUGCCCAAACGGUUUGGAACUUGCUAAACGAAAAAUACAAGACUGCAGUUAAAAUCUCGACAUCAGGCAGUUGGUUAUUUAAAAACUUUGCUUCAAACGGACAAGUAGAAGUAAGUACAUAUCUCGUAGGAGAAAAUAAAAGGACCUCAAUCGAUUCUAGCAAACGGUCAACGAGAUGGUUUUUUGAUCCAUGUUGGCAACUGGUGUAUUCCAAUGAUCAGAGCGGAAAAAGUAAAGCAGGGUCGAAACAGAAAUUGAUGAAUGCCAUCAAAGCUGGGCAUCGUGUCAAAGUAAUGAUUCAAAACAGACUGUCCGAAGCCACUAAUGUUAUGAUAAAUGGAGAUGUGGUAACUGCGUUUCUACCAAAUAUGCUUAAAAAGUCUAGUUUAGAAACGGUUGAGGACCCAGUUGUCGCUGCAGGGAAAUGGGAUUGGAUGUUGGUAAACACAAAUGGUAAAGUAGAGAAAGCGAAUUACCUUGUUGGUGACACACAGGGGUCAGUGUCAAGCUCGGCUGCUGUUAUGAAGUGGUUUGUCGACCGGCGAGAAUGGAAUAUGGUACUUGAUGUUGGACCCAGUUCAGUAAAUAUUGGCUCUAAAGAGCACCUGGCAAAAGAAAUAAAGAAUGGAGCCGAUAUCCGAUAUGCAUUGAUAGGUUCUGGUUGGGAGUUUACUUUUAUGGAAGCUGACAACAUUGCAUUUGACGGUCCCUCAGAUUUCGGAGCCCAACACAUGCGUUCUGUGCUUCUUAAACCAAAUGGUAACGAAUACAUGUUUGAUGUCACAUCAAAUAAGCUCACCUGGUUGUUUACAAUAACGACUAACUCUGGCGUAGUAAGGAGCAGUAAAUGGGUUGUUGGCGACCAUACAUCCCGUGGAGAGACCUCAGCUAACCAAAGGGUGAUGUGGUUUGUCGCCAAAUAACUGCUAAAAGGAAACAUAACUACAUGUAUUUGAUUAUGGAAAUGUCGCAACACCUCUUUCAAAAUAUUUUUGUAUGGAUAAAUUCGUUUUUUUUUGUAAUAAUAUCGUACUUUUAUCAAUUUGCUAGUUCGACCCCUAACUAAUAUUUUCCAUUUCAUGCGCAAACUGUCAAAUAGCAUUUGUUUAAUAAUGUAUACUUAUUGUAAUAUAUAUUUAGAAGUUUAAGUAGGAUAGGCUAAAAUACUUUAUUGUAGGGAAAGAUUACUUCCUCCUUCACAUUGACGUUAUUAAAGUACGAUGAUUAAAUGGAUUUCAAACUUUC